AUGGCGUCCACCGCGGCAGGGAAGCAGCGGAUCCCCGAGGUGGCGAAGGUGAAGAACGAAGCUCCUGCCGAGGUGCAGAUCACCGCCGAGCAGCUGCUGAGAGAAGCCAAGGAGAGGGAGCUGGAACUUCUGCCGCCCAAGCAGGAGAUUACCGUCAAGGAGGAGCUCAACGACUCCAAGCUGAGGAAGAGGAAGGCCUUUGAGGACCAACAUCAGGAAGAAUCCAACCGUCAUCAUAAGAAAACUCACACUGGUGAUAAACCACAUAGCUGUGAUCAGUGUGGUGCGGCUUUUACCCGACAAGAUAAUCUAACGACUCACCAACGUAUUCACACUGGAGACAAGCCUUACAGCUGUGAUCAGUGUGGAGCGACUUUUGCCCGGCAAGGUGAUUUGACGAGUCACCAACGUAUUCACACUGGAGACAAGCCUUACAGGUGUGAUCAGUGUGGUGCGGCUUUUACCCAGCGAGGUCAUUUGACGAGUCACCAACGUAUUCACUCUGGAGACAAGCCCUACAGGUGUGAUCAGUGUGGUGCGGCUUUUACCCAGCAAGGUGCUCUAACGACUCACCAACGUAUUCACACUGGAGACAAGCCUUACAGAUGUGAUCAGUGUGGAGCGGCUUUUACCCAGCAAGGUGCCCUAACGACUCACCAACGUAUUCACACUGGAGACAAGCCUUACAGAUGUGAUCAGUGUGGAGCGGCUUUUACCCAUAAAAGUCACCUAACGAGUCACCAACGUAUUCACACUGGAGACAAGCCUUACAGGUGUGAUCAGUGUGGAGUUGCUUUUGUCCAGCAAAGUGAUCUAAAGCGACAUAAACGUAUUCAUACUGGAGACAAGCCUUACAGAUGUGAUCAGUGUGGAGCGGCUUUUGCCCAGCAAGGAGCAAUACAACACCAACGUAUUCACACUGGAGACAAGCCUUACAAAUGCGAUCAGUGUGGAAAGGCUUUUACCCAGCAAGGUGAUCUAACGAAACACCGACGGAUUCACACUGGAGACAAGCCUUACAGAUGCGAUCAUUGUGGAAAGGCUUUUACCGAGCAAUGUCAUUUGACGAGACAUCAACGUAUUCACACUGGAGACAAGCCCUACAGGUGUGAUCAGUGUGGAGCGGCUUUUGCCGAGCCAGGUACUCUAACGAGACAUCAACGUAUUCACACUGGAAACAAGCCUUACAGGUGUGAUCAGUGUGGAGCGGCUUUUGCCAAGCAAGGUACGCUAACGACUCACCAACGUAUUCACACUGGAAACAAGCCUUACAGCUGUGAUCAGUGUGGUGCGGCUUUUGCCCGACAAUAUCAUCUAAAAAAUCACCAACGUAUUCACACUGGAGACAAGCCUUACAGAUGUGAUCAGUGUGGAGCGGCUUUUGCCCAACAAGGUUCUCUAAAGAGACAUCAACAUAUUCACACUGGAUAAAAAGUGUACAUUUGUGAUCAGUCCCAAUAUCAUUUAUUUUGAGGCUUCAGUUAAAAGGCACUAAUUUAGUUUAGUUAAUUUAGUUUGGAAGAAAUAAUUCUGGUGGUUCGAUUGUGGGAAAGAUUUUGAAUAGUUUUUAAAAAAAGCAGUAGAUUCUUACAGCUGUAAGAGCUGUUCAGUUAUAACCAGAUUUAGAAAAUGAAGUAAAAUAAUUCAAUUCAAAUGUCUUUGUUUUGAACAUGUUAGUGUAAGUAACAGACAUGCUCGAACAUACUUCAACAAUGAAUGCAAGUUUUUUUUUUGAAGCAGCAGCAGUUUUGACAUGUUCAAAAAGAAGUAAGAAGAAGUAAAAAAAACUUCUCCUACCCCUUGAACUCAAUACCAUGUUUUCACAUAGACGUCAGAUGUCAAAAAUCUUGAUGUAUUGCGAAGUUACACAAAUUAAUAUUAAUAAUUUUACACGGUGUAAACAUAUUGUGGUAUAGAUGAGUAUAAAUUUGCGGAUACCUGGGUGAUUAUUGCCAUUUGCAGUUACAUGUCCCUCUAUAUAAACACUAUUUACCAUGAGUCCCUGUAUUCAUCUAUACAUAAAAGCGUACAUUAUUUACUGUGUACAAUCUUAUUCAU